AUGUCCCGGUCUUCCGAGACCUCCUUCUCCGGCCCUGCCGUGAUGCGUCAAUCCUCUCGCCCCAACUCUCGUCUCCCUCCUCUCGCACAUCGCUCUUCUUCGCCGCUAUCAUGCCGCAUGGUCCUUCUAUCCCGCGACAAACUUGAACGGGAAACCUCCGCCCGCAGCCCCGAUCUCCGACGCUGCCUGGCCCACGAUCGAGUCCUCCGCCGAUCGGUCGAGAUCGCACAAAAUGACAUGAAGAAGGCGAUUGCGGCACUGCAAGUCGACGACAGUGACAGUGAGGAGGAGUUCGAUCCUGGCGCCGAAACUGCCCCUGUGACAAUCAUCCGCGACCAGAUUGCCAAUGUUGUGAAGUCGAUGGUUCGACGACGAUCGCCGGAGCGCUCUUCCUCCUCUUCUGAGAAAAUUCGCUCAAAGCCCGAGCUGGUUCGUGUGUCGUCCAACAGCAGCAGCAAAUCCUCCAGCUCGACUAUCACAAUCAGCAAGGCCCCUUCAUUCUCUUCCGUGUCGCGCAGAUAUGCUGCGCGCCUGGGACUCGGCCGUCGAUUGUGUGCGCCUUCGCCUGUUCAGCCGAUGGUAGGCUGA